UGCUAUAUUUGCAAAGUCAAGGUCGUCCUUGCCGGUACAGCUGAAGGUCGAUCGGACGAACAUCCAUCACAGGCAAGAUGACUACCAAGUACACGAUCGUAUUUGUGAGGCACGGAGAAAGUGAAUGGAACAAAUUAAACAAAUUCUGUGGAUGGUUUGAUGCAGAUUUGUCAGAGCAGGGAUGCGAGGAGGCAAAGAAUGCCGGAAAGAUGUUGCAGGAGAAGGGGUUUGUGUUUGAUGUAGCCUUCACCAGUGUGUUGAAGCGAGCGAUAAAGACCCUGUACAUGGUGCAGAAUGAGAUGGACAACCACUGGAUCCCUGUCACCAGGCACUGGAGGCUGAACGAGCGUCACUAUGGAGGUCUGCAGGGCCUCAACAAGGCAGAGACAGCCGCCAAACAUGGUGAAGCACAAGUCAAGAUUUGGAGGCGAUCAUAUGAUGUUCCCCCUCCAGCCUUGGAGGAUGGAGAUGACAGGCUUUCGUCCACCGACCCAAAAUACUCUCACUUGGAUGCAUCGGUUGUUCCCAGGUGUGAAUGCCUCAAAGACACAGUGGCCAGGGUACUACCUUACUGGCAUGACAUCAUCGUCCCAACCAUUAAGUCUGGCCAGCGGGUAGUGAUCUCGGCCCAUGGUAACAGUCUGCGGGCACUGGUGAAAUACCUGGACAACAUACCUGACGCCGAGAUCCCAGAACUUAAUAUUCCAACAGGUAUUCCCCUGGUAUAUGAGCUCACAGCCGAUUUAAAACCAGUGAAACAUUACUACCUGGCUGAUGAAGCUCAGGUCAAGGCUGCAAUGGAGAAAGUAGCCAACCAGGGCAAGGCUAAACAGUAACCAUGGUGAUGACUGAUGCACAGAAUAGUGGUUCACUUACAGAAACUCAAAUAUAACUUAUUAUUUUGUUAUGUGCAUUCAUUUUAAAUGUCUGCAUCUUGUUGUUUGAUAUGUUAAAAGAUCUGCCACAAAAUCUCUGCAGAACGCUGAUUAGGAGCUAGGGUAGAUUCUGCUGGGUGCUGCUUACGGUUGGUUGAUAGUUAGGCUUGUAACUCUGUGUUUGUAAAUACAUGUAUAAUAGCCACUGGAGAUUGUUUAAUGUAUAGUAUGGAGAUUAUUUAUCUUGUAUCAAUAUUGACUUGAUAUAUGUUAUUUAUAGUGUUUUCCAAAAGCUUGCACUCCCCAAUAUAUAAAGGUGUGUUGAUAGUUGCUCCCUGCAGAAAUCCACGUGUCAUAUUGUAAAAGAUAUUUACUGAAAAUAUUAAUUAUGGUGCAGGUUUUAUCCCUCACUAUUUGUCAAAAUUGGUAUAACAUAUUACACCCAUUCCAUCGUUGUUUUCUGUCCGCCAGCAAACCUGCACAAUUUUUUACUUUAUGAAUCUGAGAUAUGUUGACGAUGUAAAGCAUUGAAUUAAAAAGUAAUAAAGCA